AUGCCAAAAAUAUCAUUAAUAGGAAGUGGCCAAAUAGGGGCUAUAGUAGGUCAACUAUGUUUAUCUGAAAAUAUCGGAGACAUUGUUUUAUAUGAUGUAGUAAAUGGAAUACCCCAAGGAAAAUCUCUCGAUUUAAAACAUUAUAGUACAAUUAUAGGUGUAAAUCGAAAAAUAAUAGGAACAAAUAAUAUCAAAGAUAUAACAGAUUCUGAUGUAAUAGUUAUAACUGCAGGUGUUCAAAGAAAGGAGGGAAUGUCCAGAGAAGAUUUAAUUGGUAUAAAUGGGAAAAUAAUAAAAAGUGUUGCUGAAUCUGUAAAACAAUAUGCACCAAAUGCUUUUGUUAUAUGUGUUACAAACCCUCUUGAUGUUAUGGUUAAUGUUUUUCACAAGUAUAGUAAUCUGCCAUAUGAAAAAAUAUGUGGAAUGGCAGGUAUAUUAGAUACAUCAAGAUUUAGAUAUUUAUUGAGUGAAAAAUUAAAUGUUUCCCCAGAAAAUAUUAAUGCUAUUAUUUUAGGAGGCCAUGGUGAUCUUAUGAUGCCAUUGCCAAGAUAUUGUUCAAUAUCGGGUAUACCAUUAUUAGAUUAUAUUAAAAAUCAUGAUAUGUCAGAAAAAGAUAUAAGUGAUAUUAUAGAAAAGACAAGGAAUAUGGGUGGUGAAAUUAUUAAGCUUGCUAAAUCGUCUGCUGCAUUUGCUCCGGCUGCUUCUAUUAUUAAAAUGAUAAAAUCAUAUUUACACGAUCAAAAUCAAUUAUUUACAUGUGCAGUUUAUUUAAGUGGACUAUAUAAUUGUAAAGAUUUAUAUGCUGGAUCAACAGCUAUUAUUAAUAAAACUGGGGCACAUCCAAUCGAAUUUAUAUUGACAGAAGAAGAACAAGCUUGCUAUCAAAAGUCGAUAAACAAUAUUAGAGAAAAUACACAAAAAGCCUUGAAUGUAAUUGACUAA